ACAGACAGAUGGGCCUCCCUCAGGGCCUUCCCCUGUGUUUGGGGAGACAGGAAGUUCACAUCAGAUGAUGAUCAGGGCUGUGAAUAUGUACCCCAGAGGAAGGACGCUCGAUUGUGUGUGUGGUGGUCGGCGGGGGGGGGGGGGCGAUAACCCUCUGGUUAUUCCCCAGUUCCAAAUGCAUAAUUGGAGCAGACAUACUCAGGAGCUGGGAGCAUCCCCACGUUGCAAGGAUUGGAGCCUGCAGGUGUGAGGACAAAAGGGCAAAGGUGGUGGAUGAGGGAUGAGGUUAGAAUGGCUGGCGGGGUGGGCGGCGGGAAGGACGGCCAGUGAUACUGCUGGUCUGUCUGGUCUGCUCAUUCCUUGGGAAUGGGACUCCGCCCCUUCCCUGAUCCCCAGCCACAGGCUAGGGGUCCCUGCUCUGGGGGUGGCGAGGGGGGGUGGUCACUGGCCUGUGCAGGUGCUGCAGGCUCACUGUGUGACCUUGGGCAGAGCACUUAACCUUCCUCUGUGGAGCCCAGCCUGUCUCCUGGGUGGGGCUGUGGCAGGGGGUGUCGCAGCUGUGCGGGUUCUGAGUGUAUGUCAUCCUGUGGGGUUAGAUCUCUCAGACACCAGCUUGGUCACUGGGUCGUCUGUGCAGAGGGAGUUGUGCAAUAGGAGGGGUCAGCACUGACAAAAAGCACCAGGGAGGACCAUGCUGAAGAACCCCAUUUGGGAGAGUGGCAGCCUCCUUCUCUAGAAAACAUCUCCGUCUCUGCCCUGCUGGGGGGCCAGUACUGACUGUACCUGCUGGAAAACUGCCUCCUGGGACUGCACAGGGUGUGCCCUUCACCCCACGACUUCAGUCCUAUCUCUGCCGGACUUCUCCCUGCAUGGACCCCUCUGUGUCCCUAGUUGGGGCUGUCCCAGUCACCUGGGAUCAUCAUCGGCCCUGGGGCACUGCCUAGCACAGCCUGUGACCCAUACACUCGGAGGCUAGCGGCCAGUCUUGGCCAAGGGCAAGCCCACGGUAGGUGAGCAGUGACUGAAUGCUCAGUGUGUUUCUACAGGCAACAUCACCCUGGUGGGGCAGGGCGGGAACAGGAGGCUUGGAGAUGCGGGAGACUUGCCUCAGGCCUCAGGCUCUCUCUGCCCACACUGUCUCUUUCCUCUUUUCUAUGCCCCAAACGAGGAACAGUGGCCCUGGGAACAUGGUGACCAUCUUUUGAGCACAGUCUGAAGGCAGCAAGCAUGUUGAAGGGGCCUAGCAGUGGGGAGACAGCUAGCUGAGUGGUCAGAGGGAAUCUCCAGGCCCAGGGCUAGGGCGGACCUCGGGCUUUGCUUACCUCUCCCGGCACCCCUGGCUCUGCAGGUCCCUGAGUAAACUUGGCCCAGGACCAGGCUGGCCUCCUUCUGCAAAUUGGGUGGAUGUGUCCAGGACAUGCCCCUGGGGCUGCCUCUCGGGGGCCAGAUCUCCAGCAGGACAGGCUGGAGGGCCUGCUGGAGCCUGGGUGAGGCUGGUAGGGACACUGUGAGGGAUAGUACCUGACUGCCUGCACUACACGGGCCCCAUACAGGUUCACUGGGGGUGGGAAGGGCUGGAAGCAGGGUCCUUGGAGGGGUGGAGGAAGAAGGGCGGUCCCCUUUCAUCAGGAGCCUGGAAAAGGAUGGCUAUGGGCAGGGCCUGUCUGCCAGGGGCUGGGGUGGGAGUGAGUUGUCUCUUGUGGAAACAGAUCCCCUCACCUCCUUCUUCUUGCUGGGUUACACCAUAACCUUUGGCCUGCAGCCCUACUUCCUCCUGAGAAACAAAAGACUUUUGAGAACCCGGCUCCCUCCCUCCCCCUCCAGCGCCCCCUCCCUUGCCAAGUGGACCCUCCAGGGCACAGCCUUGCAGACAAGUGUUCUGUUCAGGGGCAGACGGCUCCCCAUGCUCUGUCAACACCAGUCAACAGCGGCCGGCAGGCCCGUGCACGCGGGGGCACCCAGGGCAAGGGAGGAAGUGGUAUGUGUCUGGGAUCCCGCUGAUCCCCUGUAGGGGCCCGCGGCCCUGCUCAGGAGACGCUGGCAGGGUGCGUGAGUGACCCAACCGUGCUUGGGACUUGUGCUCACUCACGGCUUUCGUUUUCUCUGGGUGACAAGUGCCAGGGAGAGCCGUGACCUUGGUGGGGGUGCGGCCGAUUCGUAGGUCCCAGGAACCCUGUGACUCCGUGCACGAAUGUGGGCUGGGUAGGCAAGUGGGAGGGGGCGCCCAGAGAGGACGGUGGAGGUCACCGCCAAGCCAGCGUCCGGGUCCCCACCCUCAUACGAGGUCCUGGUAGGGGACGUAACGCGAUGAACCCCUUCGGAGGCCACCAGUUAGCGAGCGGCGCAGGGACUGUGUGCAGCACCCACGGGCAGGGGGCGGGCUCGCUCCGCGCUGCGCGUGCGCCAGGGCCGGUCUGAGAGGCCCUGCAGUUCCCCGAGGCGCCGCCAGGGGCGCAGCAGCGGCACCUCCGACGGCGAGGGCUGAUCCAGCCCCCUCCAGGGACCCCGUGACCCAGCGGUGCUCAGUGGUGAGCGCCGGCGUCCUCCAGCCCGCUCGGCCACGCCGGCCCAGCCUGCCAGUACCCGGAACACAGCCCCUUCUCCAGGGCAGCCCCGCGGGACCCCCCUGCUCCCGAUGCCCUUGCCUCUUCAGCCUGCGGCCCUUCAGCCUCCUCAAGUUGCUCCUGCUGCCAUCCUGGCCCGCCUGGGGCACCAGGUUCUGAGGGCACCACCUUCUCGCGUCUGUGCCCACUUCUCUCCGCAAUGGUGACAGCCCCUAGCUAGCCUCCCCCAACCCGUGUGAUCUCCGCAAAAAAAAAAAAAACAGGAACUUCCCUCUGUGGGUUCCUGCAGGCUCUGCUGGCUCUGGUCCCACAGAUCCCGUGUCUCCAGCCACCUUUCCACUCCGUGAAUGAGAGUAGUGUUAUUUACCGAGUAGUGUUAUUUACCGCAGCUCCCGGGCUCCUGUUAACCACCCCCCUUGGACGCAGACCCUUGCACCUGGGCCUCUAGGCCAGCCAGACUCCACUCUGAAACAUGCCCCGGUGUUCCUGCCUUCUAUACUUUGCUGUUCCUUCUUUCUUACCCCCUAGGAAUCCUUCUAGAAGCCUCUCCCAGUGGCUCUGCCCAGUGGCUCUCUCCUGCCCCCACGCUGCGGGGGUCCCGGGCUGGUCUCCUAUAUGUGUGCACAGACCGGGUCCCUGCGGUCCCCGCUUGCAGGCCUCAGCUCACCCCAGGCGGAGCUGGUCACCAGGAACAAGGCCCUGGGUUCUGGCCAGCCAGGCCCCCGAAAGUCUCUCCUCUCCAGUCUCGUCCAAGAAGGAUGAAUAGUGAGUACGCUGUCCCAUGCCCACUGCCACCUCACCACAAAGAGUUUAGGAACUAGACACCCAGAGGGAUGGGGCCAGUGUCCGCGUUGUUUGAUAAAGUAGGAAAGUGAGGUUCAGAGAGACUUGACGCCUUACCUGCCAAGGUCACCUGCUAGGAGGGGGCAGGUGCUCCUGCCCCACCUCGUUGCCUACCAGGGUGAACUGGGAACAGUGGAGUCCGGGGGUGGGUGGGCUCGGUGGGUAGACAUCUCUGAGGGGUCCCUCUCCAGGAGAAAACCGCAUCCUCUCUGUGCGCAGGCAAAUCCGGCAUCUGAAGUGGAACAACCCCACACAAAUCAAGGACAGCUGGGCCUGCCCUCGGCCGCAGCCCCCUCCCCUCGGCCCCCCUUGCAGGCUCCAGGACCCCCGCAGACUGCGGGAGUCGGGCGAGGGGGUAAGGGUGUGGUUCUAGCGAAGGGAGUUCUGGAAGCCCCGCAUGUGUGAAAUCUCCCCCAGCUGUCCCCCGUGGAGGGAGGGACCGCACGGUGUUAGGGAUCACUUUCCAGAGUGGGGCAGCUGCUGAUGCACCCUGCUUGUGGGGGCCCACGCUGGGGGUACCCGCCCUUGGGAGGGGACAGUCUGCGAAAGAGGAAGAGAGGACCCCGGGGGCGGGGCGUGCACAUAGACUCCGUCACUCACACACUCUCUCACUCACACAGCCAGGCCACUCAGUCACUCGACAAACAUUCAUGAGUGCUCACCGUGGUCAAGACUGACCCCGUCCCCGCCCUUGCUGCGCUCACGGGGAGGUGGAGACAGAUGGGGACCAAAAUCACCCCCCAAGGGAGUAAUUACAGUCAGUGGAGGGGAUUCAGAUAUAGCUGGGCAGCUGGGUCAUGGGUCUGUGAGGCCAGGCUGGGCCUUCCUCUUGCCGUGACCUCGCUCCCCAGGCCUCUUCCCUGGACUCGCCCCUGUGUCUCCCUCUGCUCUGACCUUCCCUGUCGUCUCCUCCAGGGACGCUGUUUACUAGCGGGCCGCAGCUCGGGCCACUCUUCCCCAGUGCUGCCUCCUCCCAGCCAGCUAGCACAGCAGACCUGACUACCUCAAUGUCUGAUGGUUGGCCUAAGGAGGAUGGACAGACGGACCUCUGCCUGGCCAUCCUGCCUGGGCAGGGGGUCCAGUCUGGGCAAGGGGGGAUUGAGCCAUGUUGGACCCUGAAGGCCAAGGGGCCCUCCCGGGAGAUCCAGCUGGCAGAGAAGCUGGCCGAUGCAUUUCUUCUUCACAGUGGAGGUGAGACCGGACAGGGCGGGAGGUGAGCGAGCCUCUCAGGGUGCAGGGACAGCUACAGGACCGGUGCUCCCGUGGCCUGGUUUCUUUCGACUCACUUCCUGCCAUGUGGCUCAGAGCGGGGGAUCCACUGUGUCUAGACCACACAGAGAGGUGCCAGUGGAGAGCUGGGGCUGGACCCUGAUGGCAAGGUAGGGCGGAGGCAGAUCGGAGGGGCCACUCCGACAUCCUGGGCAGGAGGGAAGGCGGCAACCCCCAUGUGUGAGGAGGCUUGCCUGACCAUCACUUCCACCAGAAAGCCUUCCCUGACCUCUUCCUCCAUUCACAUCCUUCCACUAGCCGGCCAUUGUCAAGUGCCUAUUUGGUGCCAGUCUCUGUUAGGUGCUAGGGACCCCCCGGUGAGCAAAUGUCCCAAGGCUGCCUUCCUGGGUGUCCCCAGAUUUGCCCCCACCUGUCACUUGAGGGAUGGUGGCUGGAGGGAGGGGCUCGGCUAGGAAAUUAUCCUUGUCCCCGGACUCCAUUCCCCAGCCCCCAGCAUGUCCUGCUGUCGUUGAUAAGUUGCUUCUGGAAAAUCCUCAAGCAGGUGUGUGUGUCAGGGGUUGGGGGGCUGAGGAAAAGCCAUUCUCAGUAGGAGGAACAGCAUGAGCCAAGGCUGGGAGGAGGAAGCCACUCUCCCUGUGCCAGGGCCGGGAGACAGAGGGGCCGCCAGGGUCGAAUGCUGGAAUCUGGAGCCCUGAGAGGGGCCUGCUGAGACUGUGAGAGGGUGCUCCAGGUGGAGCAGGGCCCCACCCAGGACAGGUCUAAGGAGAACCAGUCUGUCUGGAACAGAUCCCCUUUUAAGCUAGACCAGAAGAAGAACUUCCUGUGACCCUGUGUGUAUCAACAUGUACCCCACACAGUACUGUGCCAACGACCCGCCUACAGGGCUCCUGGCUGAGUCUUGCCCUGACAAGCAGGUGCAGGCCUGUGUCUGGGAUCCGGGCUGGGGCCCUGAUCAGCGGCCUUCAUGCCACUGGCUCUGCAGAGCCCCCUUAGUUCAGGGCUGCCUCUAGGUGGGAGACCUGCAAAUGCCUGUGGGUCACAGAGGCCCCUGGCCUUUGGAGAGGCCCCAGGUUUCUGGGACUUGCCCAGAUGCCAUUGGUCCCAGGAACAAGCAGAACCCAGGGCAGUGGCCUCUGAGCAGCUAGUGAGAGGUCGGCCUCUCCUAGGAGCCCAUGCCCAUGCAGCACCAAGCUUCAGUGAGGAAGCCCUGGGCAGAGACAUAGAGAAGACACCGUUCCUUUUCCAUCUCUCCCUGGGACUGUUGCUCCCGGAGCCCUUUCCUUCUCUGCUUUCCUUGUGCUGUGUGGGGGGUUCAGUGAACCUGGGGCUGCAUAAACUCCCCACAGAGUGUCCAGCACCCAGCAGGUCCCGUAACUGUGAGUGGCCCCUGGCCCCUGAAUGUCACUGCACCUCCGCAGGAGCUCCUAAGAUAGAACCCGGGCUCCUCCUUCCGGUCUCCCAUCCCACCUCUCCAGAAUCUUCUCAUCUACAGGAGUCACUUUGCCAGCAUUAGAGAUGGGUCCCUGACAUCCCAGAGCAACGCCAGGUGGACUGGGCUGCAGAGACAGACGGUGUGACAUGGUAGAAAGGGUCAGGAGACAGAUCUGAAUGGGGCCUUGGGACAGACGCCUGUCGUCCCUGAGCCUGCUUCCCAGGACCCUAAAAUGGUAAUCGUAUUGGACAACCGUCUCCGGCCGUCAGGGUUGGGACCCUGAUGAAUGGCAAGCCAACUGUCAGGAAAGCGCGCCCCAUUCUCCCCCUCAGACUUUCCUCAACAUUCCCGGGAACGCCUUGGCGCAGUAGGGCCCGGGUCCACACUCACCCGCGCACCUGCUGCUACGCCCUUGUCCGGGAGGGACUGGGAUCCGCCUUCUAAGAGCCGGUCCUUCAUCUCAGUCCUGUCACUGCCCUGAGACCCGACCCGUCGCCGCAGCAUCCAGGCGCGCAAUGGUGAUGAGUCCGAAGCCUCGCAGGCUGGAGCCCAGGUCUCCAAGAGGGCGCGACAGGUAACCUCUGGGGCUCCAAAUCACGCCUCAGCCUCGGCGGGCGCCUGCGAGUCCCGGGCCCGGGAGUGGUCCAGGGGGCGGGGCCUCCGGACUGGGCGGGGCCUCCGGGUCCCGCCCCGCGUCGGCUUCGAGCCUGCCGAGUGCCGGGGCGCAGAGCAGAAGCCCGGCGCGGGCUGGCUGAGCGCGGCACGGGCCGGGAUGCGCUCGCUCCUGUAGCCCGCGUUCCACCGUCUGGACGCAGCACCACCCUAUGGCAGGUAGCGGCGGCCUGGGCGGCGGGGCCGGGGGCGGCCAGGGCGCGGGGGCCGGGCAGGGGGCCGCGCUGCGGGUGCCGCGUGCGCCGCUGCUUCUCGCCGCGCUGGUGCUCGGCGCCUACUGCCUCUGCGCCCUCCCCGGCCGCUGCCCGCCGGCCGCCUGCGCUCCGGUGCCGGCGCCCGCGCCCGCUGAGCCGCUCCGCGCCGUCGGUCCCCGGGGGGCGCCGGGCCUGCCUGUGGCCAGCGGCCCGGGACGUCGGCGCUUCCCGCAGGCGCUCAUCGUGGGCGUGAAGAAGGGCGGCACGCGCGCCCUGCUGGAGUUCCUGCGGCUGCACCCCGACGUCCGCGCGCUCGGCUCUGAGCCCCACUUCUUCGACAGGUGCUACGAGCGCGGCCUCGCCUGGUACCGGAGCCUGAUGCCACGCACCCUGGACGGGCAGAUCACCCUGGAGAAGACCCCUAGCUACUUUGUGACUCGGGAGGCCCCCGGCCGCAUCCACGGCAUGUCCCCGGACACGAAGCUGAUCGUGGUGGUGCGGAACCCUGUGACGCGGGCCAUCUCCGACUAUGCCCAGACGCUCUCCAAGACCCCGGGCCUGCCCAGUUUCCGUGCCCUGGCCUUCCGCCACGGCCUGGGCCCCGUGGACACGGCCUGGAGCGCCGUACGCAUCGGCCUGUACGCCCAGCACCUGACCAACUGGCUGCGGCUCUUUCCCCUGUCCCGCUUCCUAUUCGUCAGCGGGGAGCGCCUGGUCAGCGACCCGGCCGGGGAGGUGGGCCGCGUGCAGGACUUCCUGGGCCUCAAACGCGUGGUCACGGACAAGCACUUCUACUUCAAUGCCACCAAGGGCUUCCCCUGCCUCAAGAAGGCCCAGGGGGGCAGCCGCCCCCGCUGCCUGGGCAAAUCCAAGGGCCGGCCCCACCCCCGCGUGCCCGAGGCUGUGGUCCGGCGCCUGCGGGACUUCUACCGGCCCUUCAACCGCAGGUUUUACCAGAUGACCGGCCAGGACUUUGGCUGGGACUGAGGAGGACGGGCCAACCCGUGCCCGGCCCGGGGACCCUCGCUCACCUUAAUUUAUGCCGGCCGCCGGGCCGUGGAGCCUGCAGACAGAUGAUGGGUAGGGAAAAGUAUUUAAGGAAUAAAGCCUGGGUCUGUGUUCUUCCACAUAA